CACCGGUCACCUCUCAGCAGUCAGGCUCAGCUGCAGUGAAUGGAAGCGAGGCGCGCGCACGCAGAGAUCACUCGCCCUUGCUUGUUAUUAACGUUAAUAACGUUAUCUCUCGCGUCACUCAUGUCCCCGGCGACGACGACGGCCGCCGCAGCAGCCGAGGAGCGGAACGGGAACCGCGGUUCAGGUGCACCGCUGUGAUUGAAAUACACGGAAGUUUUGACGCCACCGAGCAGAAAGGAGAUGAGCACACCGCUCAAAGGAUAGCCCCCCUCCGCCUCCCUCCUCCUCCGCUCCCCUCCCUUCGGUUUGUGGACAAGUGUUUAUCCGCUGCGAGGCGAGAGCUCGGUCCGUGAUGGGAUUCCUUCAGGAGCGACCUGCCGCCUAUCGUUAACCCCUCUGGAGGUAAGGAGUGAAGCCAAACGACGGUUAACUAACAAAAGAGACCCGGUGGGGUGUCGGACGGGAGCAGCUUAUACGAGAAGUGCUCCGGUUUGAGUUUGUGCUGGCGAAAGUUGACUACAACAUCCCCGUCGGUUAGUUGGCAACUAAAUAUGGAUGUCAGUUAUUUGUAACGCACUCGGGAGAAGUCGUGUGUCCCGUGAAGCGAGGCUGUUUCCUACAUGUAGCGACUUGACACCCCCUCCCUGCCAGCUCCACACAUUAUCGCUUCUUUAACCAUUACCAUCAUCUCCGGUGCUGUUCGGGCACAGCUGUGAAGGCGGUCGACGCACGCAAACUUGUGGUAUCAUAAAAACAGCAUGCCAUUUGAUGAAGGAACUUCUCUUCAGAGAUCGGGAUUGGAUACUAAAGCUGUGAUGUUUGGCAAGUUUUUGUUACCUGUGCUGAGAACUCAAUAAGUGUUGGAAGAAUAACUUUUCUAGAGUUUCAAAGAGGAUAUAUUAAACAGCUGUGGUGAUUCUUGAUGACCGGUGGUCUUGGAAAAGUGAUGGAGACAGAAGAAAGGGAGGAUGUUUCACAAAAACACACAGCUAAAGUGGAGGCAGAGGAUGAGGUAACCCCAUGCCACACCUGCGGGGUGUGUGGUCGCAGUUUUCCACUUCUAAGCUCUCUAUCUCAGCACAUGAGAAGACACACUCGGGAGAAGCCUUACAAGUGUCCCUACUGUGAGCACAGGACAGCUCAGAAGGGCAGCCUAAAGGCCCAUAUUAGAAGCCAUAAAUUGGGCCUUUUGAGCCAAAACCUCAGUGACAGGGAGGGGGAUGGAGAUGAAGGGCAAAAAGAGGAUGCUGAUAUAACUGACCCUCCUGAGCUCAGCAGCCCACCUGAUAAAGCUCAUAACAUUAAUGGAAAGGUCAAGAAGAAAACAACCAAGAAAAAGGUUAAAGAUGGUGUCGAGGUUAGCGAUGGAGGUGAUGACGGACCUUUUUCCUGCACCAUUUGUGGCCAGGUUUUCCCUCAGGUAUUACUCCUCAAGUCCCACAUGAAAAGGCACCGUGGCUCUCAGGAUCACGGUUGCCGGAUAUGUGGACGACGCUUUCGCCAAGCGUGGUUCCUCCAAAGUCACAUGCGCAUUCAUCGAGUGAAAGCCCAGCUAAGGGGCAGCAAAAGCAACGAACCGCCUGCCACCAUCAACGGGGUUCCUCAGGACCCAGCAUUACUGACGAAUGAAGAGUGCCUCUAUGAGCUCUGUGCAGGCUGCGGUAACUUCUUCAAUGACCGCAGGACACUGCAGAUACAUGAAAAGUUGCAUAAACUGAACCACACCCGCACUCAGAUGCAGAAUCCAACACAAGGAAAUGUGGAGUCCUCCGAGGUGCAAGAUGCUAAGAGGCAGUUUUUGGAAAGCCUGAACCUCAUUUCUGCUGGACCCAGGGAAAGCCCUGCAGAAGUGAAGCCGGGCAGUCGAAUUCCUGAGCUGGAUCCAAUUUGUAGUUACCAGUCAUGGCAGUUAGCUACAAGAGGACGGCUAGUGGAGGCUACAGAAAAAUGUCUGGGAUGGGAGGAGAGAUUAGCUGAUGCGGAAGUGGCAUAUGACAUAGAAAAAGGCGAGUACGUCCCCUUGAAGCAAGAGAAGAAGAGAAAGCCAAAUGACACAGCCGGCUCCAAUCUUAAGAAGAGGAAGGGUGAUGCAGGCCUUGAUCACAAAGGUGGUGACAAAAAGAUUAGCCAGAAGGACUCUAUUCUGCUGAAUGGACUUGGUCAAGCAUUUUAUGAAGCACUACAGACUAAAAACGUUAAAGAUGUUCACUCCUCAUCUAAACAGACGAAGAACAUCAAGAGCCUAGACCAGGAAGAUAAAAAGAAAUAUUUCUGCGAGCACUGUGAUUUCCACACUGUUGACACCGCGCUACUCAGGUCUCACCUGCACACGCAGCACCAGGACUUCCUGAGUUCCUACAGCAAACAGAGCACCAAUUUGGACAUAAGCAGAAGUGGUUCCAAAGCCUCAAGAUACAUGGACUACCUCAGAAGCAGGAGCAUCCUGCUCAGUCAGCCAUAUUGGAAUCCAUAUUCAUGUUCUCCAAGCCAGGAGUUAGUAGAGUCAAACAUUAAAAUGGAAAAGACAAAUGGCUCAGAGGUGAAAGAGCAGGGACAUGCUACUGGCGAUGCUAGCAGCCUCCUCAAUCUUUCUUCUUUACCCAUAACUGAUGUUAGUUUUUCAGUAAAAACACAGGGCCUGGUGAGACAUCAGUGCCCAUACUGCUCCCACACCACCAACUACCCAGAAGUACUGUGGAUCCAUCAGCGUGUUGCCCACAGGGUGGAUGGCAGCAGUACCAUGGCACCCAAGUGGGCACCUAGCAUUAAUAGUCUCAAGAGUUUAAAGGCAGGUGCUUCUCAGUGGAGACGCACAGGGCCGCCACCCUUCCUCGAAGGCAAGGACUGUCCAGCUUUGCCUACUCCAAGAACGCAGCGCACACAGCCUCCCGGGGUCACAAACCAUGGCAGCAGCAGCAGCAGCAAUAAGCAGUCGUCCCACAAGAAUCAAUCAAGCACCCUGAAGUCCAAGCAUCAGUCAAAGGACUCACGACCUUCAGAUGCGACACAGUCUAGUGGCAAGGUUGGACUCCAAAAUCAAAAGAAGGAGCAUAACCGAACAGUGGGGGGUGGAUCUAAAGGCUCCAGCACCCAAACUACUUCGUCAAACAGCAUUGUGAACAGCAUUGUGAACAGCAAGAGUCUCCAGAGCUUGCAGCCUACCAGCAGCCCAAAACAAAGAGGCAACAGAGCCACUGUGGAGGGGAACUUCCCACAGGAGGGUUUGGGUUUUAUGCUGGCAAGAAAUCGCAGUGGGAAUUCUUCUUCUUCCUCUAACACAGAUAAGCUCCACUCUCGCAGGCAUUCAAGUGACUUUUCUUCAGGUCCCAAAGGUUCUGAUCUCUGGGCUGCCAUGAAUAUGUGGGGGCUACACGGAAGCAAAGCAUAUUUAGAUACACUCCGAAUAUCUCAGGGAAAGAGUGAAUCAACAGGAGAAACGCCAACGGACAUCGAUAUUUUAAGUAUCCUGAAAAACUACAGUCCACAUGAUCUGGCAGCUCUCUAUCAGCACUGGGGCUUUGUUGAUCCCAGGCUUGUUUCACAGGCAACGAUGCAGUUAAAUGGAAACUUUGGAAAUGAAGUCCAUUCCUCGUCUGAAGCUUCCAAACAGAUGAACAGCCACUCCACUUCAUCCUCAGGGUCUCUGCAUAAAGGAACGUAACGAAACAUUGUGCUUCUCUUGGCUGCAAAGUUCUAACUGCUGAAAAAAGAGAGGCCUGCUGUUCUUCAAAGGAACUAGCCAUAACUCCUGGAGAGCACAGAGGCUCUGGAAUCUGCACAAUAUAUGCAAAGCAAUGCGGUGGACUUGUUUGAUUUUGUAUUAUGACUGUUUGAUUUGAAGUGUUAAGCAUGUUACGAGUGUAGAUAUGAUAGUUAAAUAAACACAUAUGAUGUGUUUUUGAUUAUUUUAUUUGGUGAAAAUGAGGCAAAUGUUCAGGAUUAUUGUACAAAACAACAGGAAAGCAUUGUAGAAGUACCACAGCCAGGUGGAAAUUAAAUGUAGAGCCACAACUAUGUGGCUAAACAGAUGUUCUCUUGGCUUUAGGCCCAGAUAUCUGCUUGUUUUUGGUUACAAAAAGUAGAUCCUUGCAGAGCAAUACAACAUACCAAAUCUUACAACUCAUAAUUCCACUAAAACAGCUGUGAUGCAAAUACAUGUUUUUAACUGCUGUAUAUCAGUGUCGAGUUUAAGUUUGUUGUUUUGUUUCAUGUACAAAUGUCUUCUUUUUUAAGUUUUUAAUUUUCUUGGUUGAGUAUGUGAUUUUUGUUGCAGAUAACAUGGUGUCACUUGUGUUUUCAGCCCACAAUUUAAAUUCAAAGGACUCUCCUUUAAAAUGCACGUGUUGACCCAAGGCCUUAGUCACACAGGCCUAGAGACCCCUUUGCAAACCCCUGGCAGACUUUUGGUACCCUAACAGCUGGUGAGUCGUUCCUGGAGGUUGCUGAGUGAGAUGUGUCGCGAGGAGGGUGCUGCACCAAAAAUCUUCUUGUCAUUGCUUUGGUCAUUAGCAUAUUAAUGCUAUCACUCAUUGUUUACACUGGAAAUGUUGAUUUGUAUGCUAGCACUUGUCAACUUGUCACUUUAACCAAGACAUUUCAGAAGGCACAACUCUUACUUUAAAGGUAAAUGUUCUACAUUGUCCAGUUUGCACUUUUUCCACUUCUCUUUUUUAAAUAUUUUUUGGCCUUUUUACAGCUUUCUUUGAAAGGGUACAGUGAAGAAUGACAGGAAAGCAGAGGAGCGAGAGCAGGGAAGGCACAGGCCACAGGUCAGAUUCAAACCCAGGCUGGCUGCUCUCAGCCAUGCGGCAUAUGGGCACCUCACUACUCCCACUUUUCAUUGUUUGACUGACACUCGACACAAGUAGUUGGCGACUGUUUGCAACAUCUUCUGUAUAAACUGCAGGGGAUCACAGCAAUCGAGAGACCAAAGCAAUAACAAGGUUUUUGUUGCGGCACCUUUUUGAUGACCAAUAUCAACAAGCAGCCACCCGCCUGGUGAUGUGGACGCCAGUAAAUGCGAUACCUCGAGAAUGAGGAGACGUAGGAGCUUCAAAUUAAUAACACACAGGUGUCUCUACUAAAAAUCUCUGACAGGGUUAAUCACUGCCUGGUCUUUAAGGCUCUGCUAUUUUAAUAUAUAUGAUUUUUUUUUUCAGUGUUCAAAACUUUAUAUUUUGAACCCUACCCAAACCUUUUCUCCAGUUUUACACAUUCCUCAUGUAGUUUCACCAGUCCAGUCCACUUAAAAUCAAAGUGGGCUGUAUGUGGCCCACAGUGUAAAAAGACUUUGACAUCCCUGCUCUAAGGUUUUAGCAGAUGUUUUCACAGAACAACAAGCAACCCAUUUUUCCCUAGCAACUGAUGGUUGAAAGGUGGUUGCCAAACGGUCGCUAUCCCUGUGUGACCAGGGCCUAAGACAGAAAUAGUGCUUUUUUUCCUGUCAGUUUGGAAUCAGUAUUUCUCCUAAGGUCAGAUAUGUAAUUCAGUUGCUUCAGGCACAGCAAUGCCAUCGAGUCCUCUAGCUCUGCUUCAGGUUAACAAACUGCUCCGUUGUAGUUUACAGUAACUUCAGCAGACCAGUGAAACAGCACAACCAGAAACGGUGCCCUAGUGUUUAUCUUGUAUUUUGUUAAUGAAAAGUCGUUGGCCAUUUUCCAAACUUUAGGUCCAGGAUUGAUGUGAAAAAUGAGCACUCGCGCUCGUCAUUGAAGCCAGUCUUCAAAAAGGGUCUCAGAACAACCAGUGAACAAUGAAAAGUGCUGCCAUGUUUUUAUUUUUAUUUUAAAUCCAAGUUUAAAAUUUAAAUGCAACAAUUUGCUCUUAUGUUUUCAAUUAGAGCGCAGACAUCUGCACUUCUUUUGGCAUUAUUCUAGUGAUGUAGCCAUUUAAUGCUGUGAUUUAUUUCUUUUAGAAGUAGAACUUUUAGCAAUGAGCAUUUCUACUGAUCCAAAACUCACCUCAGUCUCCAGUUGUUUUCAUGUGUUUCAUUGUUUGCAGAUUUUAGUAUGUUUACAUUUCAAUUCCUCCUUCUCAGUGUAUUCAUAUCCCAUAGAGACAUAGUCUAUGCAUUUAACUAAAAGCCAUCAACUUAUGGAUUCUUGGGCGAUCUUAAGAAUCCAUAAUUAUGAAAGCACUGACUGUGUGGAGAGAUUUUUCUUCUUUUUGAUAAAUAUUGUAAAUGAUAGUUUUAUUUAAUGGUCUUUGUUUGUUUGCUAUGAGUCGGAUUUCAACAAUUAAAAGUAUUUGAUAUUUGUAGUAGCAGAACAUGUUAAAAACAUGUUGAAUUUUCGUCACCUUUGAGGUCAGGGUCAGCGGGGUGUGAUGCUCCCACAGCAGGUAUCACUGAGCCUGUGUUUUGCAACGACCCUGUAACUGUAACUCCUGUUUGGCAUAAAGAGGCAGGAAGCACUGAGAGAGGGAUAUUUACGCAAGUCUGAACUCUUAUGCAAACCUCCAGCUUACAGUUGAGCUCUCGCUGGGUUCAUUUUUGUGACUAUGUAAACAUGUUUCAUAGUUAUUAUGUUGGUUCAGAAUUUAUAUUUUCGACAGAUCAACAAUUUUUGUCUGACUGUAAAAUUCAAAUAAAGUUGGUUGAUGCCGA